UACGCCAGAGUGUAUACCGAGGCUGCUCUACUCAAGACUUCCACUGCGACUUCUGACUAAUAUCAUCACAACAUCAUCAUUGGAUUCGACAUGUCGGAUAGGUCAAAUUUUACUGUCACGUCCAAAGUUAAGGAACAUCUACGCCAGUCCUUGGAAGACAAAUGCUCGAUGAUCGGAGGACGGCAAAUAUUCUUCGGGCUGAAUGACUCUAUGCUAAGGAUGCUGACCCCUGUCAAAGAGGUCGUGACCCCUGUACCAGGAAUACAGACUCCAAAUUUAACACCGGAACUCCUCCUUCCAGAGAAUACGAUUAUACAGACACUUAAAAAUCCGGAGCAUUGUCCCGAGAGUUUAUCUGAUCAAGAUAUCACAGAUAUGUACAGACACAGACUUGUUCGAGAACCCAAUGUCUGGUCAAACAUCGACUUCAACGACACCGGAAACAAGAGUACUGCCACUCAACCGAAGUCUGUCUCCACAACAAAACAAAACCGUCGUAUAAAGAAAUCCAGAUCUUCAAUUGGACGGGAAUCGGACUCAUCAGAUACUCUGGCAUCUGACAGAAUUAAAGAGACAUCGCGUCUAUCCGGAGGGCGAGACCACCAACAGGAUAACAAAUUAGACAAGAAAACGAAAGCGGACAAGAAGAACAAGAAGCAAACAGUUUCUGUACAAAGAUCGGUGCGCAAUGGACACACGAUUACUGAAAUUGAGUUACCAGCAAUAAGUCUGCCAUUUAGCAGGAAAGAUUCGAAUGACCGGGAGCAGAAAGGGAAUCAUUCUCGCUCCGGUGUGAGGUAUACCAAUAUUUCAGUGAAGUGUACGCUUCCUCCGCUUGAUGGACGUUCCUCCAAUAUUGCAAAGAAAACUUCCAAACCGAAAUCAAAGAGAACAAAUGAAAUAUCUGUACUUCCAUCCGAUCAAAAGGCUCCAAGGGCUGUUAGGGGACAAACCAGAACAUCAGUUGUAACACUUCCGCCUAUCAAAUCUAUUUCCGGUAGAGAUAAUAUCGUACAAAGAGGCUCUGCACCGGAAGUGCAACUGACAAUGUCUGAGCAUCUACAUGAAACACGUGAAGGAAGGAUUUCUAAACCGAAACAGACUGUCCCUGACAACAUCCGCCUUCCCAGUAUAAAUACCAACAAGCUUCCAGCUACAGUCAGGGCAAAUUCUAAGAAGGAACGAAUCUGUUCAUUGCAAGCGCAGAAGCCAUAGCGAACGUGAUUUUCAUUGGUAUCUUUUUUCUUUUCUUUUUUUUUCUUUUUUUCUUUUUUAUGUUCCUUAUUACAUAGAAACUUGUUUUAUUAUGGUUUACUGGUGUUUCUUCGUCAAUAUUUGCACAAAACUGUAAUAAUUUGUAACAUGUUUUAUCGAGGAAAUAAAGUGUUUGUUUUUUAUUUUUAUAUUCCGUUAUUUUAUUAUAUGACGAC